AUGGCAAGCACUUCGCAGACGCAAGCCGUGACGGCCCGGAAACGACCGCUUCGACAGGCUUGGUGGCGCGAGAGCAGCGUGUACCAGAUCUACCCAGCGUCAUUCAAAUCGGCAAAAAGCAUCGACGACGGGACGGGGCACAUCCACGGCGACCUGCGCGGGGUGAUCGAGAAACUCGACUACCUGGAGACGCUGGGGGUGGACAUCGUAUGGCUCAGUCCGAUCCUGCAAUCGCCGCAGGUGGACAUGGGGUACGACAUUUCGGACUACCGGGCGAUCUACCCGGGGUACGGGACGAUGGAAGACCACGAGGAUCUGAUUAGCGGAUUGCACGCGCGCGGGAUGAAGUACGUGAUGGACCUGGUGGUCAACCACACGUCGGACCAGCACGAAUGGUUCAAGCAGUCGCGGUCGUCCAAAGACAACCCGUACCGCGACUGGUAUAUCUGGCGGCCGCCGCGGUACGAUGCGGAAACGGGCGAACGCAUGCCGCCCAACAACUGGGAGUCCAACUUCUUCGGGCCGGCGUGGACGUUCGACGAAGCCACGGGCGAGUACUACCUGCACCUGUUCGCGUCCGGGCAGCCGGACCUGAACUGGGACAACCCGAAGGUGGUCGAGGCCGUGCACUCGCUGAUGCGGUUCUGGCUGGACAAGGGCGUCGACGGGUUCCGCAUGGACGUGAUCAACUUCAUCUCGAAAGAGCCCGGGCUUCCGGACGCCGAAGUGACGCGUCCGGGCUUCCUGCAGGACGGCGUGGAGCAUUUCGCGUGCGGCCCGCGGCUGCACGAGCACCUGCACGGGAUCGGCGAGAUCCUGCGCGAGUACGACGCGUUCAGCGUGGGCGAGAUGCCGGGCGUCUUCGACACGCGCGAGAUCAUCAAGGCCGUCGGCCAGGACCGCGGCGAGCUGGCCAUGGCUUUCCAGUUCGAGAUUGUGAAUCUCGACCACGCCCCCGGCCAGAUCAAAUGGUACCCGCACAAGUUCCAGCCAAAGGCCCUCAAGCACAUCGUCGCCAAGUGGCAGUCGUUCAUGCUCCAGAACGGCGGCUGGAACGCCGUCUACUUGGAAAACCACGACCAAGGCCGCGCCAUCUCGCGCUUCGCCGACGACAGCGACCAGUACCGCUCCAAAUCCGCAAAGUUGCUCGCCGCCCACCAGGCCCUCCAGUCCGGCACCAUUUUCCUGUACCAAGGCCAGGAGCUCGCGCAGAUUAACGUCCCCGAGUCCUGGGGUUUGGACCAAUACAAGGACAUCGAGGUCCUCAACCACUGGAAGACCGUCCUCGAGGAAUUUCCCGACGAUCUGGAAAAACAGGCCAUGUUCCGUCGCCAGUAUAGGCUGAUCGGCCGCGACAACGCCCGCACCCCGAUGCAGUGGACCGCCGACGAGCGCACCUUUGCUGGCUUCCUGGCCCGCGACGCCCCCGAGGGUGCUACCCCCUGGAUGUCCAUCCAUCCCGACUUCAAGACUUGGAAUGCCGUCAACCAGCUCGAGGAUCCCCACAGCGCCUUGCACUACUGGCGCAGACUGCUGAAGUUGCGCAAGGAGUUCAAGCAUGUUUUCGUCUACGGCGACUUUGAGAUGCUGGAUCUCGACCAUGAAUCCGUCAUUGCGUACUUGAGGGUCGAUGACCGUGAGGAGGAAACAGGACAAAAAACGCACGAGCCCCGACGUCGUCCUACGUGUCUCGUCAUCACGAAUUUCUCGCGCGACGAAAUCGACUGGGUCGUCCCCCCGCGCGCCGUCGAUGUCUUGUUUGAUGAGUCCGAGUCGGACCCGGAGCCACGGCUCAAGAAGGGCGCCGUGCUGGACGAGUUUAGGAACUAUACCGCUCAAGAGGAUGGCGAGGACCACGUCGAAAAUAAAGUCUUCAAGAACGCCGACGGGCAGUGGGUCUUGAGAUUGCGGCCGUGGGAGGCUCUUGUUGCUAUGGAUGGAGUGGAUGGAGUGGAGUUGUGA